AGUUUGUAGGCGGGACUUCCGUGUGGGUGUGUUGGAGACUAGUAAAAGGAGGUCAAAUGUUCUACAAGAGUUUGCAAGAUUGAAGCUGUGCCCAGGAAAGAUUUACAGGUAGACAAUUGUGUUAAUUACACUUGAAGAUAAAAUCUACACUGUCGUUAUUAGAGAAUCGAUUCAGAAAGAGAGCGGUGUUGAGUGUGGUACUUGUAGACAUUUGACUCAUAACGUUAGCUAGCUUGAUGCUAAAGACACAUGACGCGUGCUCGUGGACAUCUCCUUAACUAACGUUAAAACCAGAGUCAAAUUAUGACUUUUGCUGGACAUGAAUCCGUGUUUUUAUCCGUAUAAAGGUUAUGCGUUGUGCAUCUCAACAUACCCUUUAUCAUUAGCUGAGAAGUUUGUUAGCUAGCUGCUGCACUUUGCUGAAACUAAUUUGUUUUUGGAAACUUGUGUCACGGUAACGCUGCUGGCAUGUUUCACUCUAUGCCCCGUCGCCCGAUCUGUGAGAUCGGUGUAACUACAUUAAAGCUUCAAAGUGGCAGGACAUUCAGGAGAACAGUCGAGGAGGGUAGAGGAAAGCUUGAGAGUCUCCCAUGGCUGGAUAGGCGCAUGGGCCUGCUGCUGUCCUGGCUGCAGAGGGCAGGUGUCGGUGCCAGUGAGGCUGCUGGAUCCGUACAGAAGAGAAAGGGCCUGCUCUCCAUAUUUGCCGAUCACUGCGGCUUUGUAACCGGACAGAGGCUCCGGCGUUCGUGCCAGAUCGGAGAGCUUUAUUCUAACCUGUACUCCGAGCGGACCAGGUGGACUCUGGUUGGUAACCUGUGGCGCAGAUUUCAGAGCAAGAAUGCACCCAGUGGGAAGCUGUUCGCGGCCCUGGCUGGUAUAUUCAUGUGGGAUAGUGAGAAGAUUCAAGAUGAAGACAUUCACAGGUGUGGACUUGAACUACAAGAAAUAGAGUCUGUCAAAUGUCAAAACACAGCUUCAGGGACAGCUUCCAGACUUGAACCUGGCUGGGAAGUUGUGAUGGAUAAAAAAGCCUUCAAAGUGUGGAAGCGACCCAUACCUGACAGUCACCUCUACGAAUACAGAGUGUUGGGCUCCUACAACGAUGUCACCCCAAGGCAGUUCUUCAAUGUACAGUUGGAUACAGAGUACAGGAAGACGUGGGACGCACUGGUUAUCAAGCUGGAAGUGGUGGACAGAGAUGUCUCUACAGGCUCUGAAGUUGUGCACUGGGCUACACACUUUCCUGUGAGUUUUUCCCGGCAAUUUGUCCUUCAUGAUGUGUUAACAUACCACAUCGGUUGCGCCACUUAUGUGACAGACAAGAAGAGUGUCUUGAUAAGCAGAGCCGUCCAGCAUCCCAGAGUCCCUGAGACUCAGGAGUUUGUAAGGGUCCAUUCAUACGAGUCAAAGAUGGUCAUCCGCCCUCACAAGUCCUUCGAUGAGAAUGGAUUUGAUUAUCUGCUGACCUACAGUGACGACCCUCAGACAGCCUUUCCCCGUUACUGCGUGAACUGGAUGGUGUCAAGUGGCAUGCCUGAUUUUCUAGAGAAGCUGCAUAGUGCCACCUUGAGGGCCAAGAACUUGGAAGUGGGGAUCUUCGACUACGCCAGUGUCAUCAAAUCCAGUGAUGCCAACCGCCAAUCGAGCCAGGAGCGCCUCGGAGGAGAAAAGUCACACAAAGGUGGUUCUGGACAGAUCUACGCUUGAGAUGGAUAUUUUAUAGACCUGGGGUUAUGUUGGUGUGUUUUCACGUGCACUUGAACUUCGAUUAUAUCCUCCAGCCCAACUUUUAAGUAGAUUGCAUGAACUGCAAAUGGAAGUUGUAACCUACGUUAAAGACAAGUAAAUAAUAUGUCCAGCUGUAGACAUGGCCCAAUCGGGGAUGGAUGAGCUGUCACAAGAACAAUGGACUGUGAAGGCAACAUUACUGUGCUUUGGUGCAACCGUUUCUGUGGAGAUUUUUAUUCAGACUGCUGACAUUGGCCCAAUAAGGGCCUAACCACGCAGGUUUAUUAUUUGCCUCAUUUGGUAAUGAUGUAUUUCUUGUCAAGAUCGAGCCAAAAUUCCUAACUGUAGAGAUGCUUUUGCCAAAAAAACGUCCUCUCAAUUGUCAUUCUAUGUCUUGUCUUCCAUUGUUCGACAAGGCUCGAGUUUAAAGGCUGUUCAGACCGCAGCCACAAUACUGUAUUACUGUAUGUGUGUUUUCAGAGAGAUGUUGUUGAAAUGGACAUGGAACAUGAACUGACUUCUAAUAGACAUCACUGAAACAGAAAACUGUAAACCUACAGCCACAAAUUCUGUACUGACGAUGAGGAAUUGAGGCCUCUGUGGGGAAUUCUUUCUAUCACUCUCAUGGAUUGCAGCAUGGCUUAUUGCUCUUCAUUGGACUGGAUGGGAUGGAAUAAAAAAAAAAAAGAUAUAAUGAUGCUAUUAUUAGAAAAUGUGUGUGUUGACAAAAUGGCGUUCUGAAGAUGAACCAGUCCUUCAGCAAUAUGGGCAUAGUGUCUUACAACAACAACAUAAAUCCUCAAAUACAAUUGUUCUGAUGCACUUCUCCAAGACACAUUUAAUGAGUAAAUGCCCUUUUUAGAGAAAUGUGGAACACUUGUCACCCACCAACAUCCUUUUCCAUUUCAUAAUUUGUGUUCUCAUAUUUUAGCUCAUAUAUAUAUUUUUUAUGGUGUCCGCUACAGACAUAACUGGAGUUUGUACUUUUGAAAUUAUUGGUGUGUUUUUUUCUUUGUGUUACGUCUAGAUCUUGUACAUUCAUAAAAAAAGAACAUUGCCUGGAUACUAAAAAUCCCUACUCACAAGCUCUGCAACAUGUUUGUCCUGCAUUUUGAUUUAAUUGGUUUUUGUUAUUUACGUGGGCUCCACUGAAACUAUAAUCCAUCCUUUGAGGUCAUCCUUGUUGUUUUUGUAAUUCAUUUGACAACCCAGUGUUGUGAAUGUACCAAGAGCUUCACAUGAUGUGAAAUAAAACCUUGCCUAAUCAAAUA